AUAUGCAUUAAGCUAACAGAGGUACUUCAGUAAGAUAGGAAACCUGAAGGCAUUGCUCAGUCAGGCAUAACAAGUCAUAUAGUUGUGGCAUUUCUCAAAACAGAAUAGCAAUCAAGUAGAAGCACAAAAGCAAGCAAUGUUACUCGCUGUUGUUUUCAGUUUGAUGGUAUAUUCAAGAGAAUCAAAAUCAGAUAAUCACAAUACUCCAAGUCUGGAAAAAGAGUGGAAUGUAUUGGAACUUCGGAUUUUGGUAGCUGUUAGUCUCUUCUUACAAAUGGUACUCAUCUUUUUGGGUAACCGAAGGAAGCAUAUAGUUGAUAAAAGGCUAAAAUUGUUGAUAUGGUUCACUUAUCUGUCAGCUGAUUGGGUUGCUACCGUUGCUCUGGGAAUUCUUUCCAAAGACACUAAAGAUCAUAAGACAGACACCAACUUUGUAAUUAUGGCCAUCUGGGCACCAUUUCUCCUUGUGCAUCUUGGUGGUCCUGACACAAUCACUGCCUACUCUCUUGAAGACAACCAACUGUGGCCACGACAUAUGCUUGAAUUACUCUACCAAUUAGCAGUUGCAGUUUAUGUUGUUUAUCGGUCAUGGAACACCAAUCCCCUUAAGUAUGUCACCGUUCCUAUUGUCAUGGCAGGAAUAAUCAAAUAUGGUGAGAGGACUUGGUCACUGCGGUCCGGAAGCAGCGAUGGAUUCAGAGAAUCAAUUCUCCCUCCUCCAGACCCAGGACCAAACUAUGCUAAAUUCAUGGAUGAUUACACUGCUAAAAAAGAAGAAGGGUAUCAUGUUACCUUAGAUGAAAUUAAUGAAACUACUCCCUUAGUAUUGGAUCCUAAUUCUCAAGGGGGAACCAAAAUACCAAAUACAAAAAUUCCAGAUUGUCAAGCUUUACGUGAUGGAUUCAAAUUCUACAACAUUCCUGAGUGCCUAUUUGCAGAUCUCAUCUUCAGUUUUCAAGACCACAAAAGCAGCCAAUAUUUUUUUCAAGAUUCUAACUGGAAAGAUGCUUUUAAAGCAAUUGAGGUUGAGCUAGGAUUAAUAUAUGAUAUUUUAUAUACAAAGGCAGUGAUAACAUAUUCCUACCGCGGCAUCUUCCUGAAAUCUGUGAGCUUUUUCUGUACACUCUCUGCAUUAAUCGCAUUUUGUUUUCUACAUAAACAUAAUGUAUAUGAACUUGAUGAUGAAGGAUACAAACACAGGUAUUAUGACCUGGUUAUCACUUUUGUGCUUUUCGUCGGGGCUAUUCUUCUUGAGAUAUAUGCAGUCAUUGUUUUACUUUCUUCAAGUUGGGUAAUGAAUUGGCUGAGCAAGCAUACGAAUCGGAGAGUGGAUCUUCUCUACAGGUUCAUCUCGUUUUGUCAAAUUUGUUUCAAACUCUCACACACUAUCAGGUGGUCUAAUCAAAUGUCACAAUUCAACCUCAUAAGAUUCUGCUUGAAAGAUGAGCCCGUAAAAUGUAUCAAAUUACAGAAACUCUUACGCAUCUAUGAGUUUUUCGAGAAGUCUUACUACCAAAAAACAAAACAAGUCUCUGAGGGAUUGAAGGAACUCAUUUUUGACCAGCUUAAGGAUAAGUCUAAGGAAGCAGAAGAUAUUGAAGCAUGUAAAACAUUAUGCGCUCACAGGGGUGAUCGAGUUCUUAACAGAUGGAGGUGUGAUAAUGUUUGUGAGAUUAACCAGAGCAUUAAGGAGGUAGAGUUUGAUCAGAGUAUUCUGCUUUGGCAUAUUGCUACAGAUCUUUGUUAUUCUUCAGAUGAUGAUGAGUCUCAAAACAUAAAUCACAUUGCCCUUCAAAGUCGUGAAAAAAGCCAAUUGUUGUCGGAUUAUAUGAUAUAUCUUCUUGUUGUAUGCCCUUUUUUGCUGCCCAAUGGAAUAGGACAGAUCAGAUUUGAAGACACGUGUGCAGAGGUGGAUGAACUUUUGAAAGAGAGAAAAUACAUAAAAGAGAGAAGUCAAGUUUGCAAGAUGAUACUUAGAGUGAAUACAGAUAUUCUACCAUCAGAGGUUAAAGGUGAUAGAAGCAAAUCUGUGUUGUUUGAUGCAUGUAGGCUUGCCAAAUCACUGCAGUCUUUAGAAACGGAGGAGAAUUGGUCGAAAGAAAGGAAAUGGGAAAUGAUAAGUCAUGUUUGGGUGGAGAUGUUGUGUCAUGCCGCAAGCCAGUGUAGAGGACUUCAACAUGCUAAGCAACUCACCCAAGGUGGUGAGUUGCUUACCCAUGUCUGGCUUUUGAUGGCUCAUUUAGGUAUAACCGAACAAUUUCAGAUUUCUAAAGGUCAUGUAAGGGCAAAGUUAAAGCUCUCAUAAAAUGUUUGGUGGGUAGUUAAUCAAUCAGUUACAUUACAUAUGUCUUUUUUGCAGCUUCAGACAGCGUAUAGGAGUGUGCCGUCUAUUUUGUGAGUAAUCUAAUGAUGUAAUGUUGAAAUUUGGUUAUAAGUUUGUUCCAUAUGUACCACUUGGUACUGCAUGAUAAUGUAUAAUGGUGAUUUGUUUGCGACAGCUUUGACCGUGAGUUAUGAAAAA